UGAGCUGGAUUCACGGGAAGAAUGCACUUCCUACCGCAGUGAAAGGCUGAGCUUUCAAAGGAUCACUUUGGAGAGCAGCAAUUUGUGCUGAAUUUGUUGAAUUCUGCAGUUAAUUCCCUUAAAAUGGUGAGAAAAAGGCAUUCCUUGGAUGAGACUGUUUUUCAUUAUGAGAAUCAGAACAGCUUCCGAAAGCCCAGUGAUGAUUCUCCACUCAGCCUUACAGAUAGCAUCGGAUCAGUGUUUAUGAGUUCAGAUGGAGAAUAUGGUGCAGAGGAAAAAAAGAAGGCUGGAAAAUCACCCAGCCUAUUGCCACAGAUCCCUACUAGUGAGGCUGAAUGUUUUGAUGACCGGAAAAAAGCUGGCGCCACUAGGACAAAGAUCAGUGUGGAUAGCCCCCUCCUGACAGCAGAUAUCAAGAGUGACUCCAAGAUUGAAAGGAAAAAACAUGCCUCAAAUCAGUUCAAGGCAAAUGCUCACUAUCACAAGCUAUUUCUGGAUGUCCCAACUGGAGAGCCACUGAAGCAAAGUUUUACCUGUGCUCUACAGAAAGAAAUUCUGUACCAAGGAAAGUUAUUUAUAUCUGAAAACUGGAUUUGUUUCCAUUCCAAGGUCUUUGGUAAAGACACCAAGAUUAGUAUUCCUGUGCUCUCGGUAACACUAAUAAAGAAAACCAAAACUGCCCUUCUGGUGCCAAAUGCUCUGGUCAUAGCAACAGUCACUGACCGGUUCAUAUUUGUCUCCUUGCUCUCCAGAGACACAACCUACAAGCUAUUAAAAUCUGUCUGUAGCCACUUAGAGGAUAUAAGUGUUGGCAACAGUCCCAAUCCUUCUUCCGCCGAAAACAGCUUCAGGGCCGAUCGCCCUAUGACCCUGCCUUUGGAUUUCAGUGAAGACUACUCAGAUUUGGAUGGUAUAGUGCACCAUCGGAGACAAGAGUUGGAAGAGUCUAGCAGUACUGGCUCUCAGACCCCUGAAUCGGAACGCUUCCAAGAUUACCAUGUCAUUGAGACCCAGACUCAUCUGAAAGUUUCCAAGGCAGAAGCAAAGUCUAUCCAUACAGACAUACUCAGUAAACAUAUGCCUGAAGGAACAGGCAGGAACAUUCCCAGAAAUGGCCAGGCUGGAGCCUUUGGAUUCUUCCACAGAGUGAAGUCCCACAGAUUUUUGUCUCUGAACCACAUACUUGUUUUCUAUGCAGUUCUUGUCUGUGUCCUAGUCUUUUCUACCUUCUACAUGAGAUAUAAAAUCAAUGCUCUGGAGGAACGGCUAGUCUCCAUGGCUUCCUUUGUUGACUCCCAUAUUAAUGACCAGCCAGUGCAACAAGCCCUGGGAUCCCAUCUGCAAAUUAAUGCUGAUGCCCUCUGUGGUGAACUAACAGCUAACCUCAUAAAAUUGGAAAAGAACUAAAUGUAUUUGCUAUCCCCAGCUGGAAAAUCAAACAAAAACAAGACUAGGCAGGAAGGUAUAUUUUCACUCAUUUACAUUUUAAGUGCAGUAAACUGAUAAUUAAAACUAAGGUGUUUUAUUUUUUUCCAUUGGCCCAGCAUGUAAGUUGUAUUUCUACUGUUAUAACCCUUUAUUUGAAUUCCUACAUACUACAGUCACAUGAGUUUUUGUUUCUAAAAUGUUGAUAGCUUGCCAAGGUCUUUAAUACAGUUUGUUUGUUUUUUCAGGUUGCAUGUCACUGAGAUUAUUUAAUAUCCCUGCUAGCUAUAUGUCAAAGGUUUCAAAAACAACUUUGCUACCAAGGAAAUGGGGCUUGAUUCUCUCCUCAGUGUAAAUCUGGAAUCAUUCCAUUGACUUCAUUGUCAAUAUUUACUAGUUUAAAAGUAGUGAGUGAGAGGAGAUUACUCACUAUAUGGUAAGAUCUAUUCAGAGACCUGCAAUCUUGACCCACGUACACAGGCCAAAUCAUUACAAUGGGAUUUCUCAUAUAAAGACUAAUGCUUCAGUUCAGCAAAUCACAUGAGCAUGUUCUGAAGUCUCAUUGAUUUCAGUGGGAUUUGAGCCUAUGCUUUAAGUUAAAUGCUUUGCUCAACUGGGGCCAAAAGAAUUGAACCCCUAAAGAGACCUUAACUGUGUGUAUUUUCACAAUUGUAUUGUAAGUUGGCAGCAAUCCAGUGGUCCUAGUGUCCUCUGAGCACAGGUUGUUGCAUAGCAACAAACUUUUCUUAAGUAAAGAACUGCUAAACCUUAGCAAGCAUCUAAGCUAACACUAUGGAAUAAUUAGCUAUUUGUUUGCGAAAAUUGUACUACUGGGUUGACAUUCUGCUCUCAUGCUAAUUUUUUUUUUUUUUUAGAUGAGGAAAGUUAUUAGUCCUGGUACCUGUACUUAAUGUAUGCUUUCCUCUCCUCAUCACAUCGUCCCCAUAGACUUGCAGAAGUCUGGCCUUAAACCUACUCUCCAAAAGCCUUUUCAGAAUUUGACCUGUUGCAGUGACCUCUUUUGAAUGUGACCUUGUGGUUCUCACAGCUCUAUUGAAUUCCACACUUGUCGGCCACUGAAUUCCCAUUGGCUUAGUACCACAAAAUCUAGCACUUUUAGACUAUUUUUGAAGGGCUUCAUACAGUUUGGUUGCCAAAUGUACCAGAUGUAUCCACCAGACAAGUGCUUGAAAUGAAAAACCAAAAGGACUCGUGUGCCUCACAUAUAUGAGCCCCAAGAUCUCGGUUGACUCCUCUCCCUCUUCUGAGAAGGGAAUAAAAUUAAAAUGCAGGCACUAGAUUGAUAGAUUCUAGGACUGGAAGGGACUUUGAGAAGUCAUCGAGUCCAGUCCCCUGCCCGCAUGGCAGGACCAAAUACUGUCUAGACCAUCCCUGAU